CUUCAAGAAAGGAAUGGCCAAAUAUGAAAAAGAUUACGAUAAUGUUUUGAUUUUUCUUCGAGAAAAGUAAAACUCUAUGAUAAGAAAAAUCAGAAUAAAACACUAGGUGUGAAUAGGAUUUAACAGAGGCGGAACCAGCCUAGUAACAGGGGGUUCACGUUCGUCUGAACCUCCUUCAACGGAAAAUUAUAUUAUUAAUAUAUGAUUAAAAUAAUUUUUUAUGUAUAUAUUGUAGAUGUUGAACCCCUUCGGUGAGUUUUUCUUAACCCCCUCAGCAUAAAUCCGGGGUCCGCCUUAUAUAUGUGUAAAGAGUUUUUGAAUGUCAUAAUAUCUCAAUCAAGUUCUCUAUAGAGUUCAUAAAAGUGGUGUCCACAUCUAUGAGUCUUCCAAUUCUUGUUAGUGUUUUCUUGUUCUGUUUUACUAGUAGCCAAUGUCAUCCUUUAGACCCUCUUAGUCCAACUGAGAUCAAUAAAAUUAGAGUCAUUAUUCAAAAGUCUCAUCUUAGUUCCCUCUCCAAUUUGACAUUUCACUUUGUUGAUCUUGAUGAGCCUGAUAAAACCGAUGUCCUUCAUUGUAUGUCGUUGCAUAAGCCUAAAGGUACUCGUUUUCCUCAUCGAAGAGCAAGGGUAGUGGUUCGCGGAAAUGGUGAGACCUAUGAAGUCGUGGUGGACUUGGCCGCUCGCGCUAUCAUAUCAGAGAAUUUGUAUACUGGCCAUGGUUUCCCUCCACUUACUCUCGAUGACAUUGUACGAGCCAGCAGGCUGACAUUGAUGAAUCGCCGAUUGCAAGACUCAGUUUUGCGAAGGGGUUUGAAUAUAUCAGAAGUAAGUUGCAUACCGCAGCCAGUUGGAUGGUUCGGGGAGCCAAAGACACGAAGAGUUCUUAACGUUCCAUGUUUCUAUCGAGGAGGGACAAACAACUUUUGGUCGAGGCCAAUUGAAGGGAUCACUACAAUAAUCGAUGUAGAGUCCAUGAAGAUAAUCAAAUAUAUAGAUAGAUUCAGAGCUCCCUUGCCUAAUGCUAAGAGUGCUGAUUUCGAGUCAUCGAGCCAGGGAUCAGUCGCUUGUAAUGAUACUAACAUCAGCAGGAUUAUCAUCAAAGGCAACGAAGUUAAAUGGGCUAGUUGGAAUUUUCAUGUUGGAUUCAACACGAGGGCAGGAACAGUCGUGUCGACAGCUUCCAUAUUCGAUGCUGCUAGAAAUGAAUAUCGACAGGUGCUCUACAAAGGUCAUGUAUCGGAGACAUUUGUGCCUUACAUGGAUCCUACGUUCGAAUGGUACUACAGGACUUUCAUGGAUAUUGGAGAAUUUGGUUUUGGAAGGUCUGCGAGUAGUCUUGUCCCGUUGCUGGAUUGUCCGAGCAAUGCUGUGUUUAUGGAUGGAUAUAUGGCUGAUUCAAAAGGACAGGUAGUGCAAGUACCCAACGCGAUUUGCAUAUUUGAAAGAUAUGUUGGCGAUGUUGCUUGGAGGCAUACAGAAAGUGGAGUACCGGGAAAUACAAACACGAAAGGACAACGAGAAGUUAAUUUGGUUGUUAGAAUGGUAGCGACCGUGGGAAAUUAUGACUACACGCUCGAUUGGGAGUUCAAACAAAGUGGAAGUAUCAGAGUUGGAGUAAGUUUAAGCGGAGUUAUGGAGACGAAGGCUGUAGAAUAUACAAACGAUAAUCAAAUGACAGAGGGUGUGUACGGGACCCUUGUCGCAGAAAACACAGUUGCAGUGAACCAUGAUCAUUUCCUAACGUACUACCUUGAUCUUGACGUUGAUGGUACUGAUAAUUCAUUUAUAAAAGCGAAACUGGAAACUACGACAGUGAUGGAGCGAAAAGUUUCACCAAGGAAGAGUUACUGGAAAGUUGUUAAAGAAAGAAUGAAAACCGAAAGUGAGGCGAAGACAAACUUAGGACUUGAACCAGCAGAAUUGUCGAUUGUAAAUUCAAAUAAGAAGACGAAAGUUGGGAAUGAUGUGUCUUAUCGGCUUAUACCAAGUCGACCAGCCAUAUCCUUGCUAUCGGAUGAUGACUACCCUCAACAUCGAGCAGCUUAUACCAAGUAUCAGUUAUGGGUGACACCGUACAACAAAUCAGAAAGAUGGGCAGGAGGAUUCUACGCUGAUAGGAGUCACGGAGAUGAUGGUGUAGCAAUAUGGAGCCGCAGGAAUAGGAGUAUCGAAAACAAGGAUAUUGUGCUCUGGUACACUGUUGGGUUGCAUCAUGUACCAUGCCAAGAAGAUUUUCCUGUAAUGCCUUCUAUUUAUGAUGGUUUCGAGCUCCGGCCAACAAACUUUUUCGACAGAAAUCCAUUGCUGAAACAGUGAUAUGUGAAAUUCAACUUCUUUUUUUACUCUACUACAUAAAAAGUUUAUAUAUAUAUGGAGAACAAAAAUUGAUUUUCUUCUGUCAUUUCAA